AUGGCAAUAUGGUUACUAGCUUUAAUCCUGGCCCUCCCUACCAUUAUACGAUGGGACUUGUAUUUAGAAUCUAUAUCUUGGGGUUUUAACUUGAUCUGCAUCCCUAUAACAAUCUUAGUUUUUAGUUGCUACACGGCGAUUUACGUUCUGGUUAGAAGACAGUUGCAUCUGUAUGUGGCGACUUCGGGAGGAAGGUUAUUAGAAGGACACUAUUUGACAGAAAAUUCUUGCCUCGUGCAAAAACUGAGAAUUAAGGAAAGAAGUGUGGCGUACACAACAUUCAUAUUGGUUUUGGUAUUUAUGGUUUGUUGGGUUCCAUUAUCCAUCGUUGUAAACAUAAAUUCAUGGUGUAGUACUUGUCUUUGCCAAUACAAUUGGCACUAUGUGGUUUGUUUGGUAUUUCUGCACCCACUGCUAAACCCGAUUGCUUACUCAUUAUGUACCGCUAGGUUUCGAAAAGCCUUUAGGAGAGUUAUAAGAAAAAGUACUUUUUGA